AUGUCCUCUAUACCCAACACCACGUCGACGCCUUCCAACACGGACAACGCCGCCAACAUUCAUCACCGCCGCUCGCGCCCCGCAGCCACCCCAUCGUCGGCCACCGCACGCUUCAGCUUCCUCGUGCCCGCCUCGGGCCAGGCACCCAGCUUCACGCUGCCCAAGUCCGCCUCCUCCGCUGCAAUCACCACCUCGAGCCAUACGACCGACGCUCUCUCUCGAUCAUCAUCGGCGUCGACCACCCACGAUCCCCGCAGCAGACAGCCAGGCUCAUCGGCCCGUGUGACUGCCAACCCGAGCGCAUCGCGCCGAUCCCACAACGUCUCGAACGCGAGCGAGUCGCUGCGACGGGUGGCCAGCUCCUCCACCCUCGAUAUCCUCGACGCUCGCGGCACCUCGCAGGGCUCGCCUCCGCGGCCGCAGCUGGCGGGUGCUCCCCGCACGCGCCAGCGUCUCGAUUCGCGCGCCUCUGUGGCUUCCGGCAUCUCCCAGCACUCUGCCGCCACCGCAGCCUCCCUCGCUUCCCUCUCGUCGUUCCGCAAUCCGGGCGACCGCCUGCUCGCACAACGUCCCGCCUCGGUCUACGCCGCCGGUCCCACCUCUGACAACAUCACAGCUUCCGGGAGGGCGGCCGAUAACCGCAGCCACCUCACCGCCCUCGGACACGCCAGCCAGGUGCGGGAUCAGUCGUUGCCCUUGACCAGGACCAGCAGGCGUCUUGUGCCCAAGUCAGCCUCUGUGCCGACGCCACGGCCGAGCAGCAAGCCGCGCUCCAUUGCCAGCGACGCGGCACCCUUGCACUCUGAACGGGGAGGCGCGGGGCGAGACAUCGACAUCCGCUUCGGCUCCUUUGAUUCCCAGCGCUCGCACCACACCGCCAGCAGCGCAAACAGCGCCAGCAGCGCCUCGGACAGCUCCACGCACGGCUCCCAGCUGCGCAGCCGGUCGGCGCAGCAACCUCGACGGCGACCGCAGAGCUUCCUGCACAAGCCGCCCAGCGAGCCGUCAAACGCCACGGCCAGGCACAUCGGGCCGAAGCCGCCCGCCGCCGUCCUCACAGCCUCACCUGACGAUCAGAGCCCCGAAGACAUCAUGACGAAGCGCAGGCACGACCAGCUCGAGGCCGAGCAGGGAGCUGCCACACAGCAGGCAGAUACCAUCGCUCUGUCCGCAGCGGCCGACAAGAAUGCUACCGUCCGACAGCGAAAGCCCGGUACGGCGGCAGCACCGACGUCACCGCCGUCGUCGACGCCUUCGAGGCGGAAGACGUGGUUCGGCCUUGGAGGCGGCCGUGAAACAAAGAGUGAUGCGCCACCGUCCACAGGUGAUGCGAAAAGCACGGCCAGGCUCCAUGACGAUGGUAGCGGCGUCGGUGGUUGCGACGACGAUAACGACGACGAACAGCGACGCCGCACCAUCCGGCCCCACGACGUCAGCAUGCUUGGUGGCGGUGGCGGCGGCGGUGAUGACAGCGAGCCUCCGCCGCCGAUGGACGAGGCCGAAGCGGCUUUCCGCGCUUCGCUCGGUCUGCCCAUGGGCACGCCUUCGUCGUCAUCUGCGCGUGGUCGCGAGGGACCCCAGCGCCAGGACGGCAGAGACACGACCGCCGAGGAGGGCUUAUCGUCUCGCCGUGCGGAACGGCGUGGCCUCGAGGACUCGCAUGCGACGAUCCGGCCCGCCCGCAGCCGCGACGCCGACCGAGCGAUGCGCGCCGCGAGGAGGGUGACCUGGUUCGGCUGGCGAGGUGCGGAUCCUGAGGUCGACGACGCUGGCCUCGCCGAAGCGGAAGAACAUGGCAACAGUGCCGUCUCGGGCCCCGAGAGAGCAGAGGAGCGGCGGGCCGACGACGGAGACCCCAGCACCAAGCAACCAGGACGCGAUACCCUCGAGCGUCCGAGCAAAGAGGACCCGCCAAUCGACGCCGUAGCCGAAGGCACCGUGGCCCGUCACAGCACUGCAGCCGCCGCUGAGGCCGAGUCCUCCAGGUUCAGGACUAUAACGAAACGCGGAUGGCUGGGACGCCAAUACGAGGUGCAGGAGGCGAUCGCUGGCCACGAGGUUCCGUCGCCCGUGCCUCGCGAAGGCGCAGCAGAGGAGGACCAUGGCAAUCACGACACGAUCAAGGCGAACCAGGCGCCGCUGCCUAUCGACUCGCCCGGUCCUCACGACGGCUCGAUGAUCCAAGACGAUCGCGCCGAACCUGAUGCGCUGCAGUCGCGUCCGUCGAUGCUGUCGCUGCGCGGUCUCUGGAACAGGGCGGGAAAGCUCCCCGACGCGGUCGAGGUAGUGCCUGCCAGCGCUCCGCCGCCAGAAGCCGUGACGGAGAUGCCAAGCGCGGCCGCAACGAGCGGCAGCGCAGACGCGGCGUCUUCCGAGCCUCGGCCCGAUGCGCCCGACCACGCCUCGCCGGCCGCGGGCUCGGCCGGGGCCUGGAGGUGGAGCCUGUGGCGCGGCGGCGCGACCGACCAAGCUCAGCCUGCAGGGUCUGGCAGUGUUGCCAUCGACGGUCCUGCUGACGGAACAACGUCCCACGUCGAGCCAGCCGGCAACGUGGGCGCCGAUCGGAGCGCGCCCGGCCAGCCGCCGGUCCAGCCGAUGGACAUCGAUCCAGCUCCCAGCGAUCCCUCGGCCGACCCAGGUCGCAGCGGGCCCCCGAGCUGCAGCGGCACUGCCACCACCUCCUGGACCUACUCGUCGUACCUCGCCAGCUGGGUGCCGACCUGGGUCUACAACGCUCAAAAGGAGGCCGAGGCAGAGGCGUCGCAGAAGGGUGCAGCGCAAGCGCACGAGGGGCCCGUCGUGUCCGACCCGGCACCGUCCGAGACCCCUCGCACGCCGGCCGAGCAGGUCAAGGCGGAUGCGCUGGCCAGAGACGACCCUCCCGUGUCCUCGCCGCCUGUGGUGGAUCCCGGCAGGGUGGUUCUCAACGAGGCGACGAGGCAAGGCUGGAUCAGCUUCUUCAGCAGCAGGAGCUCGAACCGGCCCAAGGAGGUCGAGUCGCGGCCAACUGACGGCGAUGGACUCGAGGUGAUGGAUAUCAGCGAUAUGGAGACCGCUGGCGCUGGGCCCUCCGCUUCGCCUCGCCCGGACCUGGGCAAGACUGCCGGUGCAACGCGGCCAGCGCCGCAAAGCGGGGCCGUGGUCAGAAUAGGUGGUAAGCUCCGUGCCGCUGCCCAAGAGGAGGCAGGGCCUGGUGCCCGCGGCAGCGGCACGUCGACGCCAGCGCCGGGUGGCAGCAUCCGUGCUCCGUCUUUGUUGCGCCCGGCUUCGAAGCCGGCCUCGGUCGUCGACGGCGAAGGUGGCAGGCCCUCGACACCCCUCGGUGCCAGCAAGGACAACGUCAAGAGCCUUGGCAAGGCGGCGCUCGCAAAGGCCAGCAAUGCCAGCGCCGCCCUGGCCCUCGGUGUGGGCAGCGCCAAGAAGAAGGACGCGCCUGCGACGGCGACCGGCUCGGGCGGCCAGGAUCCGCCUGUUGCGGCUUCGACGGCGGCGGCCCAGCAGGUCCAGAUCCGGUCUGCGCCUGCGCCCAACCUCGUCCUUCCGUCGUUCGAAGACACGUUCACGCGGGCGCCUCGCGCGUGGGCGCCCAAGGUCGGUGUGCUCGAGAGGACGCUGAGCGCGGUCAACAGCUACCUUUUUGGCAGGAUGCCGGACCUGGAGCGGAUGAAGAGGCCGACGCGCUUCUCAACGUAUGCCGAGCCGGGGGCGGAUGGCAACGCCACGAUCGCGAGCGGCCGGCGGGCGUCUCGGCAGCAGCCCCACCACCAUCACCUUGCGGGCAAGGCCAAGACGACCGGCAUCGGCUCGAGCAAGGACAAAGGCCAAGAGGAGGCGCUGCGGGAGAUUGCGACGCUGGCGCAGCCUUUGCCGCGCGCCUGGCCGUCGCUGGGCCAGCUGGAGCGGGCCCAGAACCGGGGCACGGCGGGCGUGGGCAAGGUGGUGGUGAUCGGCGUGCACGGCUGGUUCACCCAGAGCAUCUUCAAGACGAUCAUCGGCGAGCCGACGGGGACCAGCCUCAAGUUUGCCACGAUGCAGGCCGACUCGGUGCGCCGCCACUUUGCCGAGGCCGGUCUCGAGCUCAACCCGGAGGCCAUCACCGUGAUUUCGCUGCAGGGCGACGGCAAGGUGGCGGACCGCGUCGACCGGCUCUUUUCCGAGCUGCUGAGCAGGCCGCAGUGGGUCAAGGACCUGGCCGACGCCGACGCCGUCCUGCUGGCGGCCCACAGCCAGGGGGCCGUGGUGGCGACGCAGCUGCUGGCGCGGCUGAUUGAGCAGCGGCAGGUGCGGCCGGAGCGGAGCCGGAUCUGCCUGCUGGCCAUGUGCGGCAUCCACCACGGCCCCUUUGCGCACCUGCGCUCCUCGAUCACGUCGUCGUACAUCAACUACUUUGAGACGGCGGCGGCCAAGGAGCUGUUUGACUUCCAGUCGUCGCAAGCGGCCGCAUCGGCGCAGUACACGGCGUCGCUGCGCAUCGUGCUCGACGCCGGCGUCAAGGCCGUCUACGUCGGGUCGGCCGACGACAACGUCGUGCCGCUCUACUCGGCGCUCAACUCGUCCAACAGCCACCCGAGCAUCCUGCGCGCCCUCUACAUCGACGGCCAGGCGUUUCCCAAGGUCGACUUUCUCACCAACCUGCUGGUGCUCUGCGUCGCCGUCAAGAACGCGGGCCUCGACGACCACAACCUGCUGACGCUGCUCAGCGCCUCGGUGGCCGGCAGCCUGUAUGGCGGCACGGGCCACUCGAGGGUGUACGAGGAGCGCGCCGUCUACGAUCUGGCGACGCGCUACCUGUUCGAGGUGAGCCAUCCGCUCUCGGAACCGACCCUGGUCCCCGGCUACCCGCCCGGCGGCAGCAACGGGAGCGGCAGCCACGCCGGAUCUUCGGCACCGUCGAGAGGCGGUGCUGCUGCUGCUGCUGCUGCUGGCCACGACAUGGGCGACGCCGGCACGUCGUCGACCAGGCGGCCGAUGCUCGUCUCGGACCACUUUGAGGCGCAGCGGUGGAACCCGUACGAGCUGCCGUGGUCGCUGCGCGGCCUGAUGGAGGACAAGCACGUGCGUGCGCUCUUCGCCGACGACAUCCUCGGCCUGCUCGACGACUACGAGGCGUGGACGCCGGACCCCAAGAACAAGACGCUCAAGGACCUGCAGUGGCGGCUCGCGCCCAUGAAGAGCAUCGCCAGGCCCAAGGUGGAGCGCGCGACCGAUUCGCAGCAGCAGCAGCCGACGUCGUCGUCGCCGUCGUCGCCGUCGCCGUCGUCGUCUUCGCCGGUCCUGAAGCAGUCCGGUGGCCGCGUCGACCAGACGACGCCGAGCCAGGCCGGUCCAGCCGGCGGCAAGCCGGGUUCCUCGAAGCUGUAG